AUGCAUGUAGUGAAAAUUGUUGUAAUGUUAGCGACAGCAACCGGUGGAGCAGCAUUCGCUGUUGCACUGAUGGUGCUUUUAUCACUCUACAACACAAUGGAGGAUCUGUACGCGGAGGUCAUGAAUGAUGUCGGAGUGUUUCGCUACGAAACCAACAAUGCCUGGGAUGAACUGAUUGCGCUCAAAAGGGAAUUCCAACCAUCGCUACCUGUUAGUAAGCUGGAUGCUUUUGGCAGUAUUUUUCGCAGCAAACGAGAAAUUCGUAGGAAGGCUGCAAAUUUUCGAGGAUUGCCGUCGUUCUGCAUGUGCGAAGUACCACGAAUUGUUUGCCCUCCUGGGCCUCGAGGACCGCCUGGAGCGCCCGGAAAAGACGGAACGCCAGGAACACCAGGACCACCAGGACAUGAUUACCAAACACCGCCGAUUUAUGAAAUUAGACAGUGCCCAGUGCCAAAUACGUUUGUUUGCAUCACUUGUCCAGCUGGACCACCUGGCCCAGCCGGCCAACCAGGCGAAAUGGGCUAUCCCGGGGUGGAUGGUAAACCUGGAAAGAAUGGCUCACCUGGAGCUGAUGGUCCACCUGGCCCUCCGGGCCCUGUUGGAGAUUUUGGGCCUGAUGGCGUUCCAGGCCCCCCUGGAAGAACAGGGCCACCAGGUGAAGAUACGGAGAGGAAAAUUGGAACUCCUGGAAGGAGGGGUCCGAAAGGACCACCAGGUUGCCAGGGUAAUCAAGGAGAUAUUGGAGAAGAUGGUAAGAGAGGGAAGAGAGGUAAACAGGGUAUUCAGGGCCCUCCCGGAGCACCAGGUUCACCAGGGACAGACGGAUUGCCGGGAAGACCUGGAAGAAGAGGCCGUCCUGGCCAUGAUGCAGCUUAUUGCAACUGCCCGGCGCGAUCGCUGAAAGCUUGA